AUGGACCUAUUUGCAGCUCGGAAGGCAAAAUCUGAAGUUGAGGUCUCUAAAACUCUCACAAAGGGUGAACAAUCAGCUAUUGCCACUCGAAAGGAAGUGGUGAAAAAUGGUCUUGCCAAGUUGGGCAUUGAAUGCAGUCUGGACAAAAUCCCCAACAUAGCUGUCUUGGGAUCAGGAGGAGGUCUGCGGGCCAUGAUCGCCCUUUACGGCACUCUAACAGAGCUGAAGAAAUCUAAGCUCUUGGACUGUGUCAUGUACUUGUGUGGAGUGUCAGGUUCUACCUGGUGUAUGUCGUCCCUCUACAAAAAUGAAGACUGGUCAGAAAAAAUGGAGACGUUGGAAAAACUUCAGCGUGAAAAACUUGUCAAAGGCAAAUGGGACUUUAUAAAGGCAAAAAAGACUCUGCUGGUGGCGGCAAGGGAUGACCAUUACUCUCUGACUGAUUUCUGGGCCUAUUUUAUUGUAUAUAAAAUGCUGAAGGAGCUUGAUGAAAGCAAAUUGUCUGAUCAAAGGAAGUCUUGUGAAAAUGGAAAAAAUCCUUAUCCCAUUUACGCUGCUGUAGACAAGCACACAUACAGUCGUCAUGAGGCAGGCAGUUGGUUUGAAUUUACACCCCAUAACACAGGAGUUCCUGGAAUAGAUGGCAGUCAUAGCACAGGAGCAUAUGUAGACAUGCAAGAACUUGGAAGCGUGUUUAGAGAAGGACAACUGAAUGAAAAGAGAACAGAGAAAACGAUUUGCUAUCUUCAAGGCUUAUGGGGAAGUGCCCUUGCAAGUGAAAAAGAAAUCAAGAAGGCUAUAAUUGAGGCUUUAUUGGAUUUUCUAAAACAAGACCGAGAUGCAUACUUUCCCUCUUCUUCAAAGGAUUCAGAUUUCCAGAACCUAAACAUACUCAGCAAGGCAUACCAGCAUAUUCUGGAGUUGCAGCUAUGUGUGUCAGAUGUCGGAUCAUCAAGAGCAGAAGAAUUUUUUGAUCUCCUGGAAAACAUAUUGAAAUUCAACAAAACCUGCAAAAGCUAUCAAUUGCUCCGUGAGAUGCGUCAGAACUGGUCAACUUCAGAUUCAGACACAAGAGAGAAGGCAUGCAUGAAACUGUGGGAAGCUCUGAAUAAGGAUUUUGGAGAACCAGUAGAAAAGCUCAUACCUCUCUCUUUCAACCCUCUACAAAGAAUUACAAACUGGAUCAGACACAUUCACAAGACUAAUUCAUGCAUUCUGACAUGGACAUGGGGAACUACUAGUAAUUUCGUAUACAACAUGCCGGAUGUCAAAGUCCCUAAUUUGAAAAGGAAAGAAGUUGUUUCUCUGAUUGAUGCUGGGCUGGCCAUAAACAGUGGUUACCCUCUUGUUCUUGAUCCUGAGAGAAAUGUGAAGCUGAUCCUGUCCUUUGACUACAGUGCUGGGGACCCUUUUGAGACUGUCAAAAAGGCUGCUGAGUACUGUAAAGUCUGUGGAAUAAAAUUUCCUGUUAUAGAUGAGAGUGAACUGCGGGACAAAGACAACCCAUCCAAUUGCUAUGUCUUCAGAGGAGACAACAUAACGGUCAUGCAUUUCCCGUUGUUUAACAAAGUCAACUGUCAAGAUAAAAUUGCUGAAUACAGAGACACAUUUAGUACCUUUAAGCUUAAGUACACAGAUGAAGAAAUUGGGAAGCUGCUCAUUGCAGCAAAGAAGAAUGUAGCAGAUGUUCAGCAAAAAAUUCUGGAGGAGAUCAAGCGUAUUGUGGGUUCUUCUUCAGAGAAAGCUUAG